AUGGCAACCCGGCUGCCCAUCCUGUGCCUCCUACUGGGAAUGUGGGCCAUCCCUGAGCGUGGAGGAGCCACCUGGAUCCCUGGAGGUGAGAAUUUGGGGAGCAGCCCUUUGGGAAGAGCUCCACAUCUCCGUGAGCAUGAAUCCAUGCUGAGACUCACCAGAGGCGGCUGCCGCUGCACUGGGAUUCUGGAGGUGAACUGGGAAAGACAAUGGCGACAAAUUUGCUCGAAGAGUGUGAGCGUGGACGACCUGGAUUGGAUCUGCCGGCGGCUGGAGUGCGGCCCCACGACCACUGAGCUCUUGGAGCUCAUCAUUCCCCAUGGGAAAGGGCCACAGAGUCAGACCAGGAGUUGCAACUGGCCAUCAAGCCCACUGGGAUGCUACUGGGAGCUGGAAAACUGCACAGAGCACGCCAUUGUCGCCUGUGGAGAGCCAGUGAAAACCACUCCCAAACCCACACCGGCACCCCCAUCCACCACCCUGGAGCCCGUGGGACCCCCCAGGCUGCGGCUGGUGGAUGGGAAUUUCAGCUGCUCCGGCUUCCUGGAGCUGCACAAGCAGGGGCUGUGGGGGACUGUGGCGAGUAUCCCACACAUCCAGCCACACCUGAUCACACUCAUCUGCCAGGAACUGCGCUGUGGCACUGCUGGGAACAGCCACGGCCAGCCAGAUCCAGGGAUCCACCUGCCAGUGCAGUGGGAAGUGGUGGAUUCCUGUGGGAGCCAUUCCUUGCUGGAUUGCUUCAACAGGACCAGCUCCCGAGGGAGAAUACCCGCCUUCAUCACCUGCUCAGAUUCCCAGCCGCGGGCCCUGCGGAGGCUGGCAGCUGGCCCCACUCCAUGUGAAGGGGACAUCCAGGUAUUCCAUGCGGGACAGUGGUGGGAUCUGUGCGACCCCGGAGCAGCGCAGCGAGACAAGCGUGGCCGGCAGAUCUGCCGGGAGCUGGGCUGCGGGAAUCUCACUUCCAGCAUGGAAAUCCGAGAGCCUCCCUCGACGGGAGUCACCUGUGGGGCUGGUCCCCUGCACCUCUGCCAGCCCAAGUAUGGGACUAGCCGGAGCUGCUUCCGGACCAGAGUCGUGUGCCAGGACUCAAAGCCGCUUCCCACUGGAACAUCUGCUGGAACCGUCGUGAGCAUCUGCCUGGCCCUGCUGCUUUUCCUCAUCCUUUCCCUGAUCUGUGGCCCUCCUGCCUAUCGGAAGCUGAUGAAGAGAAUCUCCAGGAAGAAGCAGCGCCAGUGGAUUGGCCCCACGGGACUCAACCAGACAGUGUCUUUCCACCGCUCCAGCACUGCGCCAAGGCCUCGGGGACAGAGAGGGGACAACGACUACGCUCAGGCCCCCCAAAAGAGCUCCCAGCUCUCUGCUUAUCCAGCUCUGGAAGCAGCAUUGCAGCGUUCCAACCCUCCAGAUAACUCCUCGGACAGUGACUACGACCUACACUCUGCCCGCAGGGUGUGAUUCCCUGCUUCCCAAAGGAGCUGAUCCCACCUCCCACCUCAGCUUUUGGAGGCAUCCUGGCAUUCCAGCAUCCUUCCAGAAGCACUUCCCAGCCUCCUCAUGGGAGAAAAGGAGGCUUUUGAGGUCUUUUUUAAAGCUAUUUAUAGGAAUUUAAGAGGUAGGAGGUACAAGGAGCCCUUUGGAAUAGUGGGAUCACCAACUUCUCCAAAUCAGGAUAAAGAGUUGGGAUGAUGGAUAAAGGAUAGGGAUACAAGGAUGGGAAUACUGAGG